AUGAGUUGCAUGGCUUAUAGUGAAAAAUUUCAUAAUGUCAAUUCAUUUGUCCUAUGUAGAUCUAUCCCUUGUAGUGGCUGCAAAAAUCCUUUAAACACCAUUAUUCGUGUCAAUUUAAUUUUAACUGUACCACGAAACAUAGAACGAAUUAUUAUUUCCUUUUGUUCUCGCCUUGUGAACUGUCCCGGUCACCCCACGUAUUCUCAAUCUCGCAUUUCUUUCUUCUUCUCUUUUCGACCACAAUCCCACGGUAAAAUGAGAACCACACAUAUUUUCUCCAUAGUUCUACUACCGUGGCUUUGUGCUGCAUCUAUUCAAGCAGGAGAGGUGCCAAAAGCGGAGCAUUCUGCGUUCACGCCGCUGCAUUUGCGUGAACUUAAGAACAGAACAAAGACUCUCUUCAAUCAUGGCUGGGACUCGUACAUGACAUAUGGAUUUCCAGCAGAUGAGGUGCUUCCAGUCACUUGCGAGCCGUAUGGCCCGCAAUUUGCCGAUCCCACGAGUAUUCACAAUGAUGCCAUGGGAAACGUCUCUUCAACCAUUCUUGAUUCCCUAGACACACUCAUGAUUAUGGGCGAGUGGCAGCAAUUGGAGCGCGUGCUCAAAUACUUAAAGAAGAAUGAAGUCUCGUUUUUUGACCAGGAUUAUGUGGUUCAGGUAUUUGAAGCGUCGAUCAGAUGGAUGGGCGGGCUUCUUCUGGCCCAUUUGGCACUUACCGACAAUGUUUUGACUAAAAAGGAUCCAGUUUUAAUAAGGAUAAUAUCCCAGUACGAUGGAUUUCUACUUAGAAUGGCGUACGACCUUGGGCUCCGACUUAUUCCAUCCUACAAUACUAGUACAAGUCUACCUCUCCCGCGAAUUAAUCUAGCAAAGGGCCUAGACGGCGUUCCGUCUUCAGCUGAUCGCAUUGGAUGUACUGCUGGAUGUACUACACCAUUACUCGAAUUUUCGUUACUCCUGAAACUCACAGGUGAUGAGCGCUUCGAAACACUCACCAAUGCCACCUUCUGGAAGCUUUGGGGCACUAGACUGGAACUAGGCUUGCUUCCCAUGACUGUAGACCCAGCUUCCAAUAAAUGGUUGGAUGUAGUCACUGGCGUAGGUGCCCUGGUGGACUCUUUCUACGAAUACUCUGUCAAGGCGUCCAUAGUCUUGCAAGAUCAACGUUUCUGGGAUGUAUUUGCCCUCUCAUACAAUGCGCUAAUGUCUCAUCUGGCUGUAUUUACCACGGACCAUAGCUGGAUGCUUUUUUCCAAUGUCCAGGUUAGCACUCCAGACAGAAGUAACCUAUGGAUAGAUCUGCUAAGUGCAUUCUGGCCCGGGUUACAGGUUCUAGCCGGACGGCUUAGUGAUGCUGUAUCUACGCACCUAGUGUUUUUGAAAAUUUGGGACCACUUCGAUUCUAUUCCCGAAAGAUGGGAAGAGAGAUCCUUGAGCACUCCCAAGGACAAGCUUAAGGACCAAGUCAAAGCCGCAAUUCCUUUGGAAUGGUAUCCACUCCGACCGGAGUUCAUUGAGUCGACAUACUAUUUGUACCGUGCCACAAAAGACCCGAUGUAUUUACAGAUUGGCUUACGCAUUUUGACCUUGUUCGAGACACAGUACAAGACAACUUGUGGAUUUUCUGGUUUCCAAGACAUCCGAACCGGAUUGAAGCAGAAUCGAAUGGAGACAUUUGUUUUGGGCGAGCUGCUCAAGUACUUGUAUCUUCUUUUCGACGAGGGCAACGACAGUUAUGUUCACGGAAAAUCAAUGAGCCGCAAAAAUUGGGUCUUUUCUACUGAAGCACACCCGUUAUGGUAUCGAGAAGAAUUCGGAGCAACAAGCCGAGAGAGUUUCAAGUCGAACCUUAUAUCAAAGAGCAUUGACUACACCAACUUUCUGAACAAUGGUAUUUUGAGCAGCAUGUGGCUGGAAAUCAUCAAAACUUUCGGAGGAACUGGACCUACAGACCCGGCUCCGCCUGUAGAGAUGGAGCGCCAUGAUUUAUUCGGUUCAAACUUGCGACCUGCUGCAGAAGCACUCGAAGUAUGUGAGGUCAGGCCCCAGCAAUGGCGAUCAGAUCCCGAUCAGCAUUUUCAGUCUUCUGGGUUCUGCGAUUGGGAUCAAUUGUUCGCGCUCAACAACCAUCUGGCCACUACUCUCGUAAGACCAGCCCAUUUGGAGCCGUAUCGCAAUAACAGUGUGAUCGAGCUCACACCCAGCUUUUUGAAAACGCAGUGUUUCUCGAGGGAACCUAGGAGUCGAAGGAUAGCCACUACUGCAAGUAUGGACUUUAGCAUUGGCAAGUUAGUACGGCCAGAAGCAUACGAAAUUUACAGAGUACACGAGACACAGCGCAAGCAUAUAUUCAAAACAAACGAUCUCGUGAUGCCUCAGUUUGGAGGUAGGUUGAAAUUGGAGAAGUUGGUAGAGAAUCGCAUUACAAGAGACAAUACAGUGGUGCCACCCAAGAGCAAUGAACGUCAUAGCACGGAUCUCUAUCGUGUACAUAUGGCUAACGGACACCGGAUAAUGGCCAAUGGUACGCUCUGGACCGAGGGCGCUUCGUUGUUGCGGAGCCUGGCAGCGUUUAAGAUCAAUGAAAGGGGCCAGAUCCUAAUUGAGGGACGUCUCGUUGAAAACCUAAAAGCGUACUAG